CAAAGAAAAAGUGAAAAAUUAACAGCGGUUCGUAUAAAAAAAGAAAACUCUCAAUGAUGGGAUGUGGACUAAGUUUCAAAUCAGAAAAACCCAAGAAGAAACAGAAAGAAGUCACCUCCAAUACAUGUGCUAUAUUGUCUGAUAGACAAAAUCUGUUAGUUAGAGAAUCAUGGUCUAUCAUUCAGGACGAAAUACUUACCAUUGGUGUAUAUAUUUAUUACAGUUUUUUCCAGUCAGAGUAUGACUUGCGUGAAUAUUUUUCUUCAAUAUUUCAAAUUAACAAAGAAAAGACCAAGAUGCAUAUGAACCAAGACAAGCUGGAACGCCAUGCAAUGUUGCUAAUGGAAACACUAGGAUUUGCAGUCUCCAAAUUGGAUGAAAUCGAAGACCUUCGAGAUUUCCUUAAUGAUUUGGGCGGUAAACAUUAUUGGCGUAAAGUAAAACCUUACAUGAUUCGGCGUUUGUGGCCCAUCAUUGAUGACAGCUUCCGACAGGUUCUUUGUGAUGUGUACACAACAGAGGUGCGAGAGGCCUGGCAGACAUUUAUUGAGUUUAUAUUUGAUAGUAUGAAAGAAGGAAUCGAUGCAAUGUCACUGGCUCAAACUCUAUCCACAGAGUGCCAAAGCAUCGAUGACCAAAAUAAUGAUAAACCAACUCUGAAUCAUCUUGAAGAGAAUUCUGAUGCAGAAUUAACAAUUUCUGAUGAAACUGUUGACACUAAACUACUGAACAAAUAAUGCUAAAGUAACACAAAUGAUACAUAUAAAUUGCAUGAG